AAUGAAGUGUUGUAAAGAACACGAAGCGAUACCGUUCCAUGAGCAGAGGCGUCGCAAUCUCAGACGAUGCAGCACAUGAACGUGUUCCUCGCGACGUGCUUUUCCUGAUCCUUGAGUGCCUGCCGCAACUAGAGAUAUGUCUUACAGCACGCCUGGUCUGUACAGCGGCGCGCGACAGCUUCGAGCCGGUCAAGCUCAGGCUGCAGCGUCCCUUCGACGCGUCAGUGCUGCCCGCCCACACCGCUCUAUGGCUGGCCUCCUGCCGCGACCCCUCCGUCCGCGCCUUCCUCUCUCUAGAGCAGCGCUGUGCCGUUGUCAAAGCGGCCGCAGCCGCCGGCUGCCCCGUAACACGCAACCCGGAAGCAGCGCUGUGGCGUGCCGCCUGCCCUGGCCGCGCCGAGUGCCCCAUCCCCACGUACCAUGCCUACGCCUCCCGGCGCAUCGCCGCCGCCGUCGCCUCCAUCCCUGGUGACCGGCCAUCGGAAGACAUGGCACUGACUGAAACGCUGCUGGCGAGCGCGCAGCACGGCGACACAGACAUGCUUCGUGUGCUGCAGCCACACGUGCGGCGCAUCGCUGUCACCGCCGAGUCCGGCCGCCACCACCGACUGCUGGCGGCGCUGACGUGGUGGUUCAUGAAGGGCCGCGUAACUGUUGAGCUGCUGACGUGGAUGUUUGCGGGCGAGGAGGCGCCGUACCGCGACUGGCUGAACUCUCACGUGCCGUACCUGGCGGCGGGUGUGUGUGCGGCACACCACAAGCGGGACGCAGACCUGGUCGCGGUGCUGAACUCGUUGCACUCCUUGGGCUUUGCAAUGACUGGACUGACGCUGAUGCGGGCAGUGCAAAUGUAUGUGGAUUUCGACGCCGGCAAGGAGCUUCUGAGCUGGCUGCUGGGCAAGAAGUGCCCGGCGGGGCCGCCGGGCUGGGCCUACGCGCUGGCGCUGGGCACUGCCGCAGGUGUGGAUGAGGAGUUGUUCAGUACGCGGCACAUGGUGGCGGUGCAGCUGCUGGCGGCGGCGGGCGUGCCCAUGGGGCGCAACGCGCUGGAGGACCUGUACCGGCUGCCCACGCUUGAGACCUUCACGCACUACGUCAGCUGGAUGCGCGAGCGCGGCUGCCCGGUGGGCCGCAGCCGCCUCUACCGCAGCACCCUAGCAGCCGAGCGCUCGAGCUGCUGCUGCUGUUUCGGCACGGGCGGGGGGCCACGCGCAAAAUGGCUGCGGACGCAGGGCCUGGCGCCGCGGUCGCGGCUGCGCCGAUGGUUGGCAGCGUGGGGCUGUGUGGGAGGCGUGGUGGUGGAAGCGGAGCGUGCGCCGCAGCAUUGGCCGCUGGACGGCUUUCCUGCGCUGGUGCCGCGGCUGAGGCAGACGCUGCAGUGGAGCGAGGGGCCGCACAUAGGGAGGCUGAGACCUGAGCUGGGGGCGCUGUGGAUGACGCGGUGCUACAUCGCGAGGGUGCGGGAGCCGCAGGCGGCUGCUGAGGGCCAGGCGCUCGUGGCGCCAGCUGGGCAGGCGCAGGGCCAGGAGGUUGGCGGCGGGGUGGCAGCGCCGGGGCUGCAGCCCGAUGCUGGCGGUGGCGGGGCCGCUGGCGGUGUGGCUGGUGAAGAUUUUGGGCCUUAGUGCACAGCAGUACAUACCGUACUGCCACGCUCAUUGGUGAUUUUAUAAUUGGUGACAGUAAGAAAUCGCGUUGGAAUCAAACAGGCUGACACAGACUUUGGUGAUGGGCUCUGGCAGGCGCCAGGCCGAAUUACACCAGUGUCACAGAAUUGGUGAUGG